AUGGCUCAGAUGGCGAAGAUCAAGGAGAUUGAGGACGAGAUGGCCAGGACGCAGCGCAACAAGGCCACGGAGGGACACCUGGGGAUGCUCAAGGCCAAACUCGCCAAGCUCAAGAGGGAGAUGGUGGACGCGGCGACCAAGGGCGGCGGCGGCGGCGGCGGGGACGGCUUCGAGGUCAGCAAGGUCGGGGACGCGCGCGUCGGCUUCGUCGGCUUCCCGUCGGUCGGCAAGUCCACCCUGCUCACCAAGCUCACGGGGACGUUCUCGGAGUCCGCCGACUACGAGUUCACGACGCUGACGGCGGUUCCGGGCAUCUUGCGGUAUCGCGGCGCCCGCAUCCAGCUGCUGGACCUCCCCGGCAUCAUUGAGGGCGCCAACGACGGCAAGGGGCGCGGACGUCAAGUCAUCGCCGCCGCGCAGACGUGCGACCUCAUCCUGAUCUGCCUGGACGCGCUCAAGCCGCUCACGCACAAGAAGAUCAUCGAGCGCGAGCUCGAGGGCUUCGGAAUCCGCCUCAACAAGACGCUGCCAAACAUCACGUUCCGCAAAAAGGACCGGGGGGGUGUCUCCCUCGUGAACAACGACAAGGCGUCCAAGCUCGACCUGGACGCCGUCAAGGGCGUGCUCGCCGAGUACCGCAUCCACAACGCCGACGUCAUCGUCAAGGGCCCGUACGACAUUGACGACCUGAUCGACGUCAUCGAGGGCGCGCGCGCGUACAUCCCCGCGAUCUACGUCAUCAACAAGAUCGACCAGAUCACCCUGGAGGAGCUAUACAUCAUGGACCGCAUCUCCAAUUACUGUCCCAUCUCAAGCUACCACGAGUGGAACCUCGACACGCUCGUCCAGAUGAUAUGGGAACGCCUCGACAUGGUCCGCGUGUACACGAAGCCCAAGGGCCGCCUGCCGGACUACAACGACCCGGUCGUGAUGAAGCGCGGCAAGUGCACCGUGGAGCACUUUUGCAACAAGAUCCACAAGAUGAUGAUCAAGUCGUUCAAGCACGCGCACGUGUGGGGGUCGUCCGUGAAGCACCGGCCGCAGAAGGUGGGCAAGGAGCACGUGCUCGAGGACGAAGACAUCGUCCAGAUCGUCAAGAAGGUAUAA